GCUGUUGGGGUCAGGCUCCGCCCAGCCUGCCCGGCGUCAUUCGCGCUGCUGGUGUCAAGAUGGAGGAGUAUGCCCGGGAACCUUGCCCCUGGCGAAUAGUGGAUGACUGUGGUGGGGCCUUUACGAUGGGUACCAUUGGUGGUGGUAUCUUUCAAGCAAUCAAAGGUUUUCGAAAUUCUCCAGUGGGAGUAAACCACAGACUACGAGGGAGUUUGACAGCUAUUAAAACCAGAGCUCCACAAUUGGGAGGUAGCUUUGCUGUUUGGGGAGGUCUGUUUUCCAUGAUUGACUGUAGUAUGGUUCAAGUCAGAGGAAAAGAAGAUCCCUGGAACUCCAUCACAAGUGGUGCCUUAACAGGAGCCAUACUGGCAGCAAGAAAUGGACCAGUGGCCAUGGUUGGGUCAGCUGCAAUGGGUGGCAUUCUCCUAGCUUUAAUUGAAGGAGCUGGUAUCUUGUUGACAAGAUUUGCUUCUGCACAGUUUCCUAAUGGUCCUCAGUUUGCUGAAGAUCCUUCCCAGUUGCCUUCAACCCAGUUACCAUCCUCACCUUUUGGAGACUAUCGACAAUAUCAAUAGGACAUCUCUCCCAGGAUUUCUUUAACAAAAAUGAGCUAUAGUUUGAGAAGGAUUUCAGAAGAUCAAAUUACAAUUGGUUUUUAAAAGCAUAGAUUUUUAAAACUAUGGCCAAAUAGGCUAUGAAGAGACAUUUAGCACUUUUUUCUAUUUAAAAAGGAACAUGGGGUGGGAGUGUUAAUAAUACACUUAUUUAUUCACACUUGCAUUGCAUUUGUGAUCAAAGUGUCUCAUAUCAUUAAAAGAAAAGAUGGUAAGUGCUCACAAGAUGAAGGACCAAAGGGCAAGUAGCAGUGCAGUGUGACCAUCAAUUCCUGAGGACUUCUCUGCCUGAUUUUAUGUGUUCUGUUAUUCAAACAAUAAAAAGCUCCUGGAACUUACUCUUUUUCUUAAAAGAUAAGUUGUAGAGUUCUACUUUUCAUGCUUGCAUACUUCAGGUAAUGCAUGUUUUAUAGUUGGUGCCUCAUCUAACUUGAAGUGAAUUAUAUGUCAGAAGAAUUACAUGGAGUUACCAUGGAUCAUUUUACAGUGGAAUCCUUAAUGGAUUGAAGGAUACGGUAAAAUGUAUAGUCUACUUUGAAAGUAAAAUAUGCUGUCUUGAUUGUGAAGAUGUCGGAUACAAAACUCUCUUACCUUUAGUGCUGUUGUGUCUUGGUUCCUGAUAAUCAGAAACAACUUGCUUCCAAUAUACCUAAUUCUAUAUGAAGACUUCAUAGAGGCUACAGUGGUGCUGGGAAAGUCUGAUGUUUAAUGUGUCCUUGAAAAUAAAAUAUGCACUGGUUUUAAUGUGUUCCAA